GAGGGAUCCUGAAGUAUUAGGAGGGAAAUUUUAAAAUAACCGCCACUGGAAAACAGAAUGAGACGUCAAACUGUGGAGAUGAAAGGUCCAGGAGUGAAACAUCCCCAGAUGUUCCUCCUCAACGAGUACUGGAGCACCACCUGGGGGAUAACAGGGGUUCGUGAGCAAGGGGGUCUGGAUGGUACUUGAAGUGGGAUCUUGGUCGGAUCCAGGAAUCUCUUCCCAAUGGGACUGGGAAAUCUUAACAUCAAAGAUGGAUCCUGAUGAGAUUCCUGAACUACUUCAGUUUGCCUUUCAGUUCAGUUCCUCUUUCAAUGCAACAGAUUAAACCUGUAGCCCAGUUAGCUCAGACAGAACCUCAUCUUACUCUAAAUGGAUUCUCUAUGGGGUUAAAGGUCAGGAAAGUUUGCUGGCCAAUCAAGAACAGGAUCUCCAUGGACACUGAACCAGAUUUGGUACCUUUGGCGGUGUGAGUCGGUACCAAGUCCUGCUCGACAAUAAAAUCAGCAUCUUCGUACAGUUUGUCAGCAGAGGGAAUCAUGAAGCGCUCCAGAAUUUUCUGCAUAAAAUGGACUUCAGGAAACCCGAUGGACCAGAACCAACAGACGACAUGGCACCUCAAGCUUCACUCUGUACUUCAACCAACAUGGACUCUGUGCUUCUCCGCUCUUCAGACCCUGAUACCCUGAUUACAAAAUGAAAUGCAGAGUUUUCUCUCCUGUGAAGAAAGGAGUAUGGACCAAACCUCAACAGUUCAGUUCCUUUUCACCUUCGUCAGGUCAGUCGGACUCUUUGGGGGUUGAGAUGAAACCCAUCAAUUUACUACUGCUUCUUCACCUUCUGUUCUCCUCUGGACAAAUUCAAGGUUCCACUGAGAUGAACCAAAAGUUUCUGCCAACUAUAAAAGAAUUAACUAUCAGUUUCCCUGAAGAUAUGAUUCCUGAAGACUCUACGGUUAGAUGGUGUGAUCAUUUAAAUAAAACCAUGGCAACAUAUUCAUAUGGAGGAACAAAAGUGGAGAAGCAUUUCGAACAAAAAAUUAAGAUUUCUGGACCAAGAGCUCUGACGUUUCUGAAUCCACAGACAUCAGACCGAGAAAUUUAUUUUGUAAAGGUGACAGGAGAUAAACAUAAUAAUAUAGUGAUCUACUUCACCAUCACAUUUCAAGUGUCUCCAGGUGAGCUGAAGGUCUGUGUCAAUUCAAACUCCUCCUUUAACAUUACAAUAACCUGCAGCAUGGAGGAUGUUGAGAUCAACGGCACUUUUCCAUGUGAGAACAACACCUGCAGUCUGGAAGGAGGAGAGAGGUCAAAGGUCACUAAAUCUGGGGCUUUCCUCAGACUCUACCUGUUAAAUUCAACCAUCAUCUGUAGCCGUAGCAACCAGAUCAGCAAGACCCAAAACCAGACGACGAUCCAGCCCAGUUCCACAAUUGUAGUUCCCACAGAACAAAAUGUUCCUAGAGGUCUUUAUGGUGUCCUUGGUCUCCUUGGUCUCCUUGGUCUCCUUGGUCUCCUUGGUCUUCUUGGUCUCCUUGGUCUUCUUGGUGUUGCAUGUUAUAUUCUAAAGAGGAAGUCAAACUGUGGAGGUGAAAAGUUCAGGAGAGAGACAUCUCCAGACGUUCCUCUGCAAACUCCCCAACACCUCCUGGGUAACAGGGUCUUCCCAAGCCAGGAUGACCAGAUAGAGCUUAAUGAGGUGUCUUGGUCACAAUUAGGGGCUUCUGCCUGGUCUGGAAAAUCUCUGCAGGGAGACGAUGAAGAGGAGCCCUGAUGAGAUUCCUGAACUACUUCAGUUUACCUUUCGGUUCAUCUCCUUCACCGCAACAGACCAAACCUAUUGAUCAAUCAAUCAAGUUUAUGUAGCACAUUUCAGCAACAAGGCAGUUCAAAGUGCUUUACAUCAUAAAAACACAGAAAUAUAAAGUAAAAAAAGACACCAUGUAGUCAACAAUUGAUUCAUUAGUGCCGCAGGUUUCUAAUUUCCAAAACCAAAAAUUACAAACCGAUCAGCCAAGGUGAAUAAAGCUUUCUGAAACACAGACGUCUUCCCAUAAAAUAAACAAGUUCAGGGCUACUGAGAGGAGUGGAAGAAGAAAGUGGAAAAAAAAGCAUUCAGUAUGUUGUCCAGUUUUAUGCUAAAAAGAUUCCUAGUUUUGCACAUAAUGUAAGAGUGUUUGGGGUAUGGGAAAACUUUUUUAACUUUUUAUAAAACAAAAAGUUAAAAGCACUUUCCUUCAUUUGUAUACAAGUGCAAAUGGUUAAGCUUUACUUACAUUUUAUUUUAAAACUGAGCUUUUACAAAGGAUUUCAGGAUUUUUAAAAAUUGUUUUUUGCAGUUUCUUGCAAUAAUGUUCUAGAUGGUUCAUGCCGAAAGCCUUUCUGCAAUAAUAUAAUAUUUUUGUAUGGGUUUUACAUGUAUGUUAAUAUCUUGUUGGUUUUAUAUCUUUUUCUUUAGGUUAAAAAUGCACCACAAACUUGUGUGCAAAAUGCAAAAACAAAACAGAUUAAAAAUGGACUUUCCAUCUGGACUCUAAGAUAUAAACAAGACAGAAAGUUUCUGUAGGAAGGAAAAGAAACUGUAAUUUGGACAAUUUUUGAGUUAUUUUGUCAUCUGACAUUUUUGAUUGUAUUUUAUUGUUGUUUUGGUAGUUUAAAUGGUUAUUAAAUGAUUUGUUUUCAUAAACAGUUCCAUCUCUAGCUUACACAAACUAACAUUAAUAGAUUCCUUUUCAACCAGUUUUCUGUAGCAAAAGGUUGAGACUGUAUAAACAUAUUUCCACCUAGGAUUUUUAAAGGUGUAUAAUUCUGAUUUACCAUUUAUUUCUUAAACUAAAAUACAGUUAUUUCAAUUCAUGAAGUGAAAAUACAGUACAUAUAUUGUUGUAGACAUAUAAAUUGUAAUGUUAUUUGAGUAUUUCAGACUUUUUUUAUUGCAUUUCCUGUAUAUCCUUGUUCUUUUUAUAUAUUUAACAGUGCAUAGUUGAUUUGUUGUUCUGGUUAUUUUAUGUACUUUUCGAUGUUUGUCUAUUUUGUUCUUCCAUUUUGAAUAUGUUACCAUGUUUGUAGGACAUUUAAUUUAUGUCCUAUAAAAAUUUAAAUAAUGUGAAAACAUAAUUAUGCUUUAUUUAAAUGGGACAGACUUGUGGCAAGUUUAACACCAAUGAAUUGAAGUAAUUUGUAUAUUAAAUUUAAAUGA